UGAAGGUCGAAAGAGCAUUUUUGAAAUUUGUUACAGAUUCUCAAAUAAUUUGCAAAUUUAUUGCUAUUAGUAACCUGUGUGCAUCAGUAUACCAUAAAACCAUGGGUCGCAAAUUCUUCGUUGGUGGUAAUUGGAAAAUGAAUGGUACCAAAAGUGAAAUAGAUGGUAUUGUUGCCUUUUUAAAAACAGGUCCUCUCGAUUCAAGUGUCGAGGUUGUUGUUGGAGUACCAUCAAUAUACUUAACAUAUGUAAAGGGCAUAUUACCUAACAAUGUUGGCAUUGCUGGGCAAAAUACAUACAAGGUUGCAAAAGGAGCAUUCACUGGAGAAAUAAGUCCAGCUAUGCUUUUGGACAAUGGAAUUCCAUGGGUAAUUCUUGGGCAUUCUGAGCGAAGAAAUGUCUUUGGUGAAACAGAUGAAUUGGUUGCAGAGAAAGUAGCCCAUGCUUUAGAAGCUGGAUUGAAGGUAAUUGCAUGUAUUGGAGAAAAAUUGGAGGAGCGUGAAGCUGGUAAAACAGAAGAAGUAGUGUACAGACAGACAAAAGCUAUUGCAGAUAAAAUAAAGUCUUGGGACAAUGUAGUUGUUGCCUAUGAGCCAGUCUGGGCUAUUGGAACUGGCAAAACAGCCACACCACAACAAGCUCAAGAGGUUCACGAGAAAUUAAGAGAGUGGUUUGGUAAAAAUGUUAAUCCAACUAUUGCAGAUACUGUUAGAAUUAUUUAUGGAGGUUCAGUAACAGCAGGAAAUGCAAAGGACUUAGCAAAAGAAAAAGACAUAGAUGGAUUCUUAGUUGGAGGAGCAUCUUUAAAACCUGAUUUUGUACAAAUUGUUAAUGCUAAACAGUGAGAUCAAACAUUUCCUAUGUAAAAAUGUUAUUCAUUUAAUGAACAUACACUAUAAGGAUGUGAAUACUCUAAAUACUAUAAAGAAGUAACUUAUAUAUUUUCUUGUUGAUUCAAUAGAGAAAGAUUUAAGUUAUG